ACAGUAGCCUUGGAGCUCAGACUUUGCCAACCAGCUCUGUGAUCUGGUAGUAUCUUCCAGCCAUCCUGCCUUCCCACGCUCUGGCAAUCUCUCUUCGCUUUCAAUGGGCUCUCUGGUCGCCAAGCUCCUUCUGCCAACUCUAAGUAGCCUGGCUUUCCUCCCGACCAUCAGCAUCGCUGCCAAGAGACAGUUCCACAUGGAGGCUAUGGUGUACUUCUUCACCAUGUUCUUUGUGUCGAUUUACCACGCAUGUGACGGCCCCGGUUUAUCCAUCCUGUGCUUCAUGCAGUAUGACAUCUUGGAAUAUUUCAGUAUAUUUGGGACAGCUUUAUCAAUGUGGGUGUCCCUGAUGGCCCUGGCAGAGUUCGAUGAGCCUAAACGGUCAACGUUUGUGAUGUUUGGAGUGCUCACCAUUGCAGUCAGAAUCUACCAUGAUCGGUGGGGCUACGGCGUCUACUCAGGACCGAUUGGAACAGCAGUUCUCAUGAUCACUGUAAAAUGGCUACAAAAGAUGAAGGAGAAGAAGGGUCUCUAUCCAGACAAAAGCGUCUAUACCCAGCAGAUUGGUCCUGGCUUCUGUUUCGGAGCCCUUGCUUUGAUGCUGAGGUUCUUCUUUGAGGAGUGGGAUUACACGUACGUCCACAGCUUCUACCACUGUGCCCUGGCUAUGUCCUUUGUCCUCCUGCUCCCCAAAGUGAACAAGAAGGCCGGCAAUGGAGGCGCUCCGGCCAAACUGGACUGUUCAACCCUCUGCUGCUGUGUUUGAGAAUGUGGCAUGUGUGUGUGUGUGUAUUUGAUUGUGGCUGCUGCUGCAAUGGAUAGAGCACCUGCACCUGUGCACCCCACCCCUCUAGCCGCAGGGCAGGUCUGAUGCAUCCCUUGCGCAACUUGUGGCCAGCCAAGCCGAAUGUGUUUCCUAGCCCUACCAGCCAGGUCUGGCGAUCCUUAACGGGAAUGGGGGAGAAAUUAAGAGUCAGUUUGCAUUAAAGAGAUGAAUCCAGUUGCCAACUGAAACACAGCCAUCCCCCAGAAUCUGCACCGCUCUAAAUCUUGCACUGCAACUCUCCAGUUGAGUAAUGGGUUCGAAGAGGAAUAUCGUAGGGGGCAAAGUGUCUAUAAAAAACAUGUAAAAAUGCAUUAUUUUAGUGAAGCCGUUUUGCAAAAAGGUGCACAUUAAGUAAAACUGCAUGAAAACAUGUUGUAGGUCAGUUAAAAUUCAGAUCAGAAUGCUGAUGAGCUUUCGUGAGGACUUUUUUAUUGGGGGUGUGGGGAGCAAAAUGAGAGACCAAGAGUCCUUACUAUGAUUCUAUGAAACUAAAAAUUGAAGUAUUUCCCCCACUCACUACUGAUCCAAAGGGGCAGCCGUUGUCUUUCUGUCUGUACAGUAAGAGCAGGCAGAGGGACAGUUUGUGUUUUUAUUUACUUCCUCUUCUAUUUAUGCUUCC